AUGGAAAAUUUUGAUUUUCCAAGUUUUGCAAAAUAUGAAGUUAUUUUAGGAGCAGGAUUUAAUAAAUUUGCUAAUGGUAUGCCAUGUAUUCUUGGUGUUGAUGAAGCAGGGAGAGGUCCUGUUCUUGGGCCAAUGGUUUAUGGUUUAGGUGUAAUUCCAGAAAAAAAUCAAAAUUUACUAAAAGAGUUAAAAGUUGAUGAUUCAAAAGCUUUAACAGAUACUAAAAGAAGGCAAAUAUUUGAUAAAAUGAACAAUGAUGAUAGUAUUAAGAAAUAUUUUACUUAUCGUUUACAUGUUAUUUCACCUAGAAUGAUAAGUUGUAAAAUGAUGAUGAAUGAAAAAGGAAUUUUAAAUGAAAUUUCACAUUCAAGUUGUAUAGAUCUUAUCAAAGCAGCAAUUGAUAGUGGGAUAAAUGUUAAGGCUGUUUAUGUAGAUACAGUAGGGCCUAAAGAUAAAUAUCAAAAAAAACUUCAAGAUAUAUUUAAAAAUAUACAAAUUGUUGUGUCUGAAAAAGCAGAUUCGAAAUACCCGAUCGUCUCUGCAGCAUCUAUAGCAGCUAAAGUAACACGUGACAAUAAAAUUGCUAAUUGGGAUUACGUAGAAGGUAGCAAAUAUUGUUGUAAAAUAACAGGUUCAGGGUAUCCUGGAGAUAUGAAAACUAAACAAUAUCUUAUUGAUAAUUGUGACAAAGUUUUUGGAUUUACAUCAUUAGUCAGAUUUAGUUGGGACACUGCUGAAUCAUAUAUUGAAAAAAAUUGUUAUAAAGUAAACUGGGAUCCAUAUAAUAUAAAUAAAACAAAAGAAAAAACUGGUGUUAAAAGACCUGCAGUUACACUUUUAAAUUAUUUUGCUAAAGUUCGAAAAUGUGUAUAA